AGAGUGUUGGAGCAGAACUACUGGACAAAAGCGAGCAUCACACCUUCAGGUGUCAUCGAGUUUGCAGUCGGAUUGGUAAAGUUUAACCUGAAGCCUCCUUGCCUGCACGGAAGCGGAAGGAUACGUGUUACUCACAAAGUAAAAGACAUGGGCUUCAACCUGCCUUUCCACCUUUCCUACAAGUUCCGCUUGCUGUUGCUUUUUACCUUGUGCCUGACGGUGGUUGGGUGGGCCACCAGUAACUACUUUGUGGGUGCUGUUCAAGAGAUUCCCAAAGCAAAGGACUUCGUGGUUGGUUCCAUUAAAGCCGUAGCUUUGGGGAAAGAGGAAACACUUGCCAAUGAAGCAUCCGGGAAAAAAGCACAGCUUGACAAUUGUCCUUUGGUGUCUCCAAACCUCAGGGGCCAGAGCAAGCUCAUUUUCAAACCAGACCUCUCACUGGAAGAAGUACAGGCAAAAAAUCCCAAGGUGUCCGGAGGCCGGUAUCACCCUGAGGAAUGUAAGGCUUUGCAGCGGGUUGCCAUCCUUAUCCCCCACCGGCACAGAGAGAAACACCUGAUGUACCUGCUAGAACAUCUGCACCCCUUCCUGCAGAGGCAGCAGCUGGAGUAUGGCAUCUAUGUCAUCCAUCAGGCUGGAGCUAAAAAGUUUAAUCGAGCGAAACUCUUGAAUGUGGGCUAUCUGGAAGCUCUCAAGGAAGAGAACUGGGACUGCUUCAUAUUCCACGAUGUGGACCUGGUGCCGGAGAAUGACUUCAACCUUUACACAUGUGAGGACCAGCCCAAGCACCUGGUGGUUGGCAGGAACAGCACUGGGUACAGGUUACGUUACAGUGGAUAUUUUGGGGGUGUUACUGCCCUAAGCAGAGAGCAGUUUUUCAAGGUGAAUGGAUUCUCUAACAACUACUGGGGAUGGGGAGGCGAAGACGAUGACCUCAGACUCAGGGUUGAGCUCCAUAGAAUGAAGAUCUCCCGCCCGAAGCCUGAAGUGGGUAAAUACACAAUGAUCUUCCACACUAGAGACAGAGGCAACGAGGUGAACAUGGACAGGAUGAAGCUCUUGCACCAGGUGUCACGGGUCUGGAAAACAGAUGGCUUGACGAGUUGUUCUUAUAAAUUAUUGUCUGUGGAACACAAUCCUUUAUAUAUCAACAUCACAGUGGAUUUCUGGGCUGGUGUGUGACCCUGAAUCUUUUGGCAUUUGAGAAACUGAUUGCAAUAAUUUUGGCCUAGAGACGCUCCCUAGUAGCACACAUUAAGGACUUGUUGCAGGUGAUUAUUGAGCUGAAUGUUUCCUUUUUGUAUUUUCUUAGCAGAGCUCCUGGUGAUAUGGAAUGUAAAACAUUGUAACAAGACAGGUUUCUUAGUUGCUUUGAUCAUUUAGGGUUAAAUAUUGUAAUAGAUACUUGAAGAACAGUAUAAAAAGACUUGGAGGAUAUCAUGAAGGCUACCUGAAAACUCUGGUUGAACAAAAUUUAUUUAAGUUUGAAGUGAUGCGUGAUGAGAUAAAAGAUCAUAGAAAAUGGGAUUGCUGAAUGUCUCAGAGAACUGGAACUGUUCUCAUCCAAGCAAGAAAGGUACGAAGAUGUGUUUCCGUUAUCAUUUAUCCUGCAUGGGAAUCUGUGAAGUGUUGGUCCUGGGUGAGAAGGCAGAGAAGGCCCUGGAAGACGCUGUGAAUUUAGGAAUGAAGAGGUGGAGGGGCCAGGAGUCAGAUGAACUGGCCUGUGUGCCCUGCUGGUCCUCAGGAGUGGAUGCCGCCUGCCCAGAGUCACCUUCCAGUAACGACCCAGCUGACAGCACAUUAGCUACUAGUUUUUAAAGCAUUUUGUACAAUGAUUUUAUACAUGGAGGAUACGAUGUAGCAGUUUACAGAUGACAUAAUAACUAAUAAUACAUCUAUAAAGUACCUCUGUAGUAAAAUAUGAAAAAGCUUCA